AUGGGCUCGCCCGCCCCGGCCAAUGGCACACUUGAUUCCCCAUGGCUCGGCGCUUACAAGCCCAGUUCAUGGGGCUUCCAGGUCCCGCUUGGACCAGGGUGCUGGGCCGCCAGAGGAUUGAGAGCAUUCACGCCGCUUUUAAGUCUAAGUCUUUCUAGUGGUUCCAGGGGUGAUGAGAUAUUAGGCCCCCGGGCCCAGCAGGGGGCAAUACCGAGACUACGAUGGAUGGAAUACAGGACUACGGAGGCUGAAGACGCACAACAGUGGGGAGAACUACCACAUGUCACGAGCAAUUGUAUGCCCUUUUCUGCCUUGUCUCUAUUUGUGCUGGGCUGCAUACGUCCCGCGCCUGCGACCCCAAAACCGACCCAGUGGAGUAGCUCGAUUCACGUCUUUGCAGCCCAUCACAACAAAGACCGCGAAACACGAAAACAAAAACUAAAAAAAUAUUAUGCUGUCCCUCGCGUCUCUCUUCGUCCGUUGCCGACUUUAAUGAACAUGGACAAAGCAAAUCUCCUCAACGGGGCUUGUCGAGAUGAUCUCUUAUUAGUUAUGGUUGGCGCCUGCCUACCUACUUCAUCCUCCCAUGCAAAACCACUUUACAGGGAACAAGGGUUUAUUCACUCCUAG